AAUCUUGCCACUGCGCUUGUUCGGAUCUCAUCAGUCAUCAGAUCAACAAAAGUUAUGCCGCAUAAACGAGCAAAAGCCAGUGUUCGAAACGCAAAGAAAAAGGCAUUGGGUCAUGAUCUUCCCGUGACAGGGGCGCAGAAGAAUGACGAUACCCCGAAAGCAUUUGGACGGUUAAUGCGAUUCAAACAAAUUACAGAAGAAAAACGUAAAGAAAAGCAGAAACAGUCCAAAGAGAAGGCAAACACAGCGACCAAACCAAAGUUGGAGCUUCAGCCAGGUGAACGGUUAAAAGAUUUCACGCUUCGAGUGGAGCAACAGUAUAGAGAUGAUAUGACCCAAACGAUACGUGCAGCCAAACCUUUGACCGAUCGAAAGAAAAAGAAUCGUGAAGCAAGGAAACAGAAAAAGCUGGCGAAAAAGGAAAGAGAUAUGGAACUCUAUGGUGGACGAGAUUUUGAUGAUCUCAAGGAUAACGUCAAAUUUGGCGAAGUGGCGGACGCACCCCCGGUUAUCAGCAAAGUGCCAAAAGCCCGCGGGCGAGGCAAGGCGGCACUGGAAGCAAAGACCAAAGAAGCAAACAAGAAACCGGAUGGUGGUUACGAAUCAUCGGAAGAUGAAGGCAUGAAACAGUUGAAAGCAUCUCAUAAACGGAAAUUAGCCAACAUGAGUGCUUCCGCACGUAAACAGUUGGAUGAUGAACGCGAACGUGCCAUUGAAGCCUACAGAGCGAAAAAGGCAAAGAAGAUGGCGGAAUCUGGCUUGACACCUCUUUUUUCAUCGUAAAGUAGAGUUGCGUACAUUUUGACAUUUAAAUAUAUUAUGGUUUGGUCUGGUACUUUCUCAGAUACGAAGCCUUUGGAACCUGUCUGUGCACGUAAAGUAUGAGGAUUGUCCAUUCCAUUGAUGGAUUCAUGGUUUAGAUGGCAAUAG